CGUUCAUUAUCAACGGAAAGAAGAUAGAGACUAAACCCCCAAUAGGAAAGCUAAGUAACCAAACAGUGACUAAAACCCCAAUUAGACCUCAUGGGCUCGGCACCCAAAUUCUUGUAGGAGGUUUGCUCUCUGUUUCCAUAGACUCAGCUGUCACAGGUCUCUUUCUCAACAACCCAGGUCUUGGAAGAAAAAAAUUGUUAUAAAAUUGGAAAUUUAAGCCAUUUGAGGUCUUGAAAUUUCUUGACACAAUAUUAGCUUUCUUGUCUCUGAGAUCGAGUUUUGCCAUUACGUGAUGACUACUUAUAUGAGUACGAGUUUGAUGCCUUCUACUACUCGAAACCCAACCGGGGUGUUAACUGUGCUUGGGAGAAGAGUAUCAAUUGAGAAUCACUUUGGUAGAGCCUGCGGUGUGAAAUUGUCUGAGGAGAAGAAUGGAUUUUUGGGUGGUCGCCAAAAGUCAACUUUUCCUCAGUUUAAGUGUUGUUCGAAAUCCCAGAGUGUCAGUCCCUAUCAGAGUAGGGAUCCUUUUCUGAAUCUACACCCUGAAGUUUCAUUGCUUAGAGGGGAUGGGAACAAUUCCGUGAACAACCCAAGAAGAGAUAAUUCAGGUGGCACUGUCACAGAGAAUUUAGUAGACACUUCUAGUCCAAAUAAUCACAAUGAAGCUAAGAUCAAAGUUAUUGGUGUUGGAGGUGGUGGAUCUAAUGCAGUUAACCGCAUGAUAGAGAGUGCAAUGAAGGGUGUGGAGUUCUGGAUUGUCAAUACCGAUGUACAAGCCAUGAAAAUGUCGCCUGUAUUUCCUGAGAACCGUUUGCAAAUUGGUCAAGAGCUUACUAGGGGUCUUGGUGCUGGUGGGAACCCAGAGAUUGGCAUGAAUGCUGCGAAAGAAAGCAAAGAAUCAAUAGAAGAGGCACUUUAUGGAUCAGACAUGGUCUUUGUUACGGCUGGAAUGGGCGGAGGAACUGGCACUGGUGGAGCUCCUGUAAUUGCUGGGGUUGCAAAGUCAAUGGGUAUAUUGACUGUUGGUAUUGUCACGACCCCUUUCUCUUUUGAGGGACGAAGGAGGGCAGUUCAAGCCCAGGAAGGGACUGCAGCUUUAAGAGACAAUGUUGACACGCUGAUUGUCAUUCCAAAUGACAAGUUAUUGACCGCAGUUACCCAGUCUACCCCAGUAACAGAAGCAUUUAACCUUGCUGAUGAUAUUCUUCGUCAAGGUGUUCGUGGUAUCUCUGACAUAAUUACGAUACCAGGACUAGUAAAUGUGGAUUUUGCCGAUGUGCGGGCUAUAAUGGCAAACGCAGGUUCUUCAUUGAUGGGAAUAGGAACUGCAACUGGGAAGACCAGGGCAAGAGACGCUGCAUUAAAUGCCAUACAAUCACCUUUACUAGAUAUUGGUAUUGAGAGGGCGACUGGAAUUGUGUGGAAUAUAACUGGUGGAAGUGAUUUGACCUUAUAUGAGGUAAAUGCUGCAGCAGAGGUUAUAUAUGACCUUGUGGACCCAACUGCCAAUUUAAUCUUUGGAGCAGUGAUAGAUCCGUCACUCAGUGGUCAAGUCAGUAUAACUCUAAUUGCUACUGGAUUCAAACGCCAAGAAGAAAAUGAAGGCAGGUCCCUCCAGGCUAGUCAGCUAGCACAAGGAGACAUCACCCCUGGAUUUAACCGGCGAGCUCCCUCUUUUGCUGAUGGUGGUUCAGUGGAAAUUCCAGACUUCCUAAAGAAGAAAGGGCGCUCCCGCUAUCCAAGAGUCUAGGAUUUCCCAAAAAAUACUUCUCCCAUUUCCUUCAUAUCUUCUUUUCCUUCCUUUUCUCUUCUUCCUUGUUAGGAUAUCAAAGUACACCUUUGGCUUUGUAGGUACUAGAUCUCUCUAUGCUCUUGUUAGUGGUUUCUAGCUCUGAGAAAAUUAGUCCUUAUUUUUUUGAUUAAUAGCUACGAGUAAGUUCUGGUUUGUUUUGUGCUUAAAGUUGAGAAGAAUUUCUGUUAAUAAAUGGCUUGUACAGAGUUACACGGUUUAAAAGAGAUAAACCAAUGUAGAAGCAUUAAUGGUUGAAUGAA